GGAAACUCGAUAUUGAAUAUUGUGAACGAAUCGAAAGUCCACAAUCAUGAGCGCGUUCAAGAGACGUCAGAGCAGAGUGUUCUGGGGUCAAAUGGAGGAACUGGAUAUGGGUCGUCUCGAUCGUUUCGCCGCGCGGAACGAUGAUCUCGCGAGACAGAAUCUUCGACGGAACAUGGAGGUCCACGAGGAGGAAGCAGAAGAACGCUCGUCGAGCAUCAACGAGAGCGACACCGUACAGAAUAUCACGGCGAUUCACGUCUGUCCCAGCGAGGAUAGGGAAGAUUUGUAUUCCGUGGCGUCGAUUUGCAAUGGAAAUGUAAUGACUCAAACAGCUACGAUGGAUAUACAGGACGAGGAAAAAGAAGACGAGAACAACAUAGUUUUGGUGGACAGAUCGUGCAGUCCGAUCAGCCAGGAUCUCAGAAGCCUGGACUCCGGAUUCUCCGAUUCCGAAAGGUCAAACUGCUCUGAACAUUACGAGAACGAGACGCCAAUGCGUCGAAGGAGACGACGGAGAAUCAAGGACCGUCGACAGAGCGUGCAUCCGAGACUCGGCUCCGUAUGGUUGGACGAAUCUCUCCCGAAUCCCACGUACACAUCCACGCCCAAGGACCCCAGAAUUCUAUCUCGGAAUACGACAGUCUUCGAUGCACGUUCCGAAGGAGAAGUGCCAAGAACGCAGAGAACGGAAGAGGAUCAAGUAGACGCAUCAGCGAUCCCGUCGUCUGUUUCCGUGGAGGACGAGUGUUUAGGCGAUUUCCUGUAUGCCGCGGAACCACCCGAAGACGCGGAUGAGCCAAGAACCACGAGCUCCUCGAUAGCGAGCAACUUCGAGUCAGAGCCAUCCUCUAGAUCUCUAAUACAGUCCCGAAACUACAGGCAGUCGUGUUCAGUGAGGACGUGGCUUGGUGGUCUCGCGAUGGAAACCGCGAGCGAGUGCACGAAUACUCUUCAGAGCAAAGCACUGCCGCGACGAAAAGUUCGCGAGUUUCUCUCCGAGAAGGACGAAAUGAAGGACCUGAGGACACUCGCGUCAUUGGCUACCGCUGCCGCGAACAAACUGCUCGUCAGGGCGGACCAGUUCGACCGCCAUUACCAAUAUAUAUUCGAUAAAGUGGCUCAUCUGGAAGGCGGGAAAUCGGAGAAGGCGCUUCUACGUGCCAUCGAGGAAGAUGCGUUCUCUGUUUUAUCAGAACUGGGUGCACCACCACCUCGUAGAAUUCAACAAAGCAGUUUGAAAGGAAUACUGUCCCAACUCGAAACCAUGAGGAACUACGUGAACGGCGCCAUCGAUACUCGAUUAGACUUCUAUAUAGAGAGAGUGGUCAGAGGAUUGGAAGAAGCACCAAAGGAUGACAUUAUGGUAGCUAGAGGUGCAUUGGCAGCAUUGACUGCUCUAGGUUUAGCAGGGCCACGAGCUGGAAGCAGUAUUACUAGGUGUUCAGGCAUCAGAGCCCUUCUAACGUCUGUGAUCACGGCUGGAAAGACAUCGACUGAUUUUGUAGCAGCCUCAUUGCGUGCCUUGGCAAGUGUCUGUUGCUCUGCUGUUGCAAUAGAUCAAUUUGUCAAGGAUGGUGGUCCGGAAAUAUUGACAGACCUUCUGAUCGCGGGUCAUUCGUCCGAGAAGGAGAAAAUGGAGGCCACGGCGUUGGUCGUGCAGAUAACAGCACCCUGGGUCAAUGCUCUCGGUCUACCUUACUUGGAACCGUUUUCUAGAAACCUGAUACCCUCCUUGAAUCGUCUAGUCGAGAAUACUAGCUGUAAUCAAACCCUAUUGCUCGGAGCGGCCGCGUUUAAUCAUCUGUCCAAGUCCAAAACAUGCGCCUCUGUAAUAUUGAAACAAGGCACUGUAAAGAAGUUGCUGAAAAGUGUAAAGAAAUCAGCCGGCAAAAACGUUUGGCUGAUGGAACAGGUGGCAGCACUGAUCAGCGAAUUGUCCCGCACCCCUGAAGCUCGAUUGCACUUGGCAGAGGCUCGUGCAUCUAUUGCCCUGGUUUCGUUCCUUAGAAUGAGACCUCCAGGGUUAGAAGACGCCUAUAGACGUUUAGAAAUUACUGCCGCGACAGCGUUAACGAGACUCUGCGUUGAUCCAGAGAUCGCGAGGCAGGUUGUCGCUGUUGGCGGUGCUGAUUGUCUUCCGUCGUAUAAAGCUGACGAUCUCCUUACGGAGGACGAAGAACAGAUCGAGGCUGGUUUGUUGAAAUACACGAAAUCCUUGAGAAGAGCAUGUAAAAGAGCGGCGAAACAGAUUAAUAUUGCUAAAGCCAGCGAUUACAGUGAACUGAAUUAAAUUUAACACUCCUGU